UUGGCUUCCUACCUUGCAACAAAAUAAUUGCACAAACUCCUUAGUGCCGAUUCCGCCCACAGAGAGUCCUGGAGCCAGAGCCUUUUUUGCUUUGCAUUGUAGGAAAGGGACUAAGUGAUAGAGACUAUGUCGCUUUCCUGAGCUCCUGAGAGCGCUCGUGAACUGGAACCAACUGCUUCAGGGGAAGGAAAAAAAAAAAAAAAGACUUGCCUGGGAGGCGGCGAGAAACUUGCAUUGGAAGCUUCAGCAACCAGCAUUCAAGAAACUCCUCUCCACUUUAUAACACGGUCUCCAGACUCAGAGCCGAGAGACAGAGCAAACUGCGGCGCGGUGAGAGAGAGCGAGAAAGAGCGAGAGCGAGAAGCAGAGGGAGGGAGAGACUCUCCAGCCUGGGAACUAUAACUCCUCUGCAAGAGGCAGAGUACUCCUUCCCCGCAUCUUUUGGAGACUUUUCUCUCUGCGCCCACCACCGCCCCGGCCAGGAGUGGAGGGGCCCGCACGGCCGCCGCGCGCGUCCUCCCGCUCGGCGUGUACUUGGCCCCGGGAGCCGGGAGGGCCCGGCGAUCGCGCCGCGGCCGCCGCGAGGGUGUGAGCGCGCGUGGGCGCCCGCCGAGCCGGGGCCAUGGUGCAGCAAACCAACAACGCCGAGAACACGGAAGCGCUGCUGGCCGGCGAGAGCUCGGACUCGGGCGCGGGCCUCGAGCUGGGCAUCGCCUCCUCCCCCACGCCCGGCUCCACCGCCUCCACGGGCGGCAAGGCCGACGACCCGAGCUGGUGCAAGACGCCGAGCGGGCACAUCAAGCGGCCCAUGAACGCCUUCAUGGUGUGGUCGCAGAUCGAGCGGCGCAAGAUCAUGGAGCAGUCGCCCGACAUGCACAACGCCGAGAUCUCCAAGCGGCUGGGCAAACGCUGGAAGCUGCUCAAAGACAGCGACAAGAUCCCUUUCAUUCGGGAGGCGGAGCGGCUGCGCCUCAAGCACAUGGCUGACUACCCCGACUACAAGUACCGGCCCAGGAAGAAGGUCAAGUCCGGCAACGCCAACUCCGGCUCCUCGGCCGCCGCCUCCUCCAAGCCGGGGGAGAAGGGAGACAAGGUCGGUGGCGGGGGUGGCCAUGGGGGCGGCGGCGGUGGCGGGAGCGGCAACGCGGGGGGAGGAGGCGGCGGCGCGAGCGGCGGCGGCGCCAACUCCAAACCCGCGCAGAAAAAGAGCUGCGGCUCCAAAGUGGCGGGCGGCGCGGGCGGCGGGGUCAGCAAACCGCACGCCAAGCUCAUCCUGGCGGGCGGCGGCGGGAAGGCGGCGGCCGCGGGCGCCUCCUCCUCCUUCGCGGCCGAGCAAGCGGGGGCCGCGGCCCUGCUGCCCCUGGGCGCCGCCGCCGCCGCCGCCGACCACCACUCGCUGUACAAGGCGCGGACUCCCAGCGCGGCGGCCUCGGCCUCCACGGCCGCCUCCGCCUCGGCCGGCCUGGCGGCCCCGGGCAAACACCUGGCCGACAAGAAGGUGAAGCGCGUUUACCUGUUCGGCGGCCUGGGCGCCUCCUCUUCGCCCGUGGGCGGCGUGGGCGCGGGCGCCGACCCCAGCGACCCCCUGGGCCUGUACGAGGAGGGGGGCGCGGGCUGUUCGCCCGACGGGCCGAGCCUGAGCGGCCGCAGCAGCGCCGCGUCGUCGCCGGCCGCCGGCCGCUCGCCAGCGGACCACCGCAGCUACGCCAGCCUGCGCGCCGCCUCGCCCGCGCCGUCCAGCGCGCCCUCGCACGCGUCCUCGUCGGCCUCGUCCCACUCGUCCUCGUCCUCGUCGUCGGGCUCCUCGUCCUCCGACGACGAGUUCGAAGACGACCUGCUCGACCUGAACCCCAGCUCAAACUUUGAGAGCAUGUCCCUGGGCAGUUUCAGCUCGUCGUCGGCGCUGGACCGGGACCUGGAUUUUAACUUCGAGCCCGGCUCCGGCUCGCACUUCGAGUUCCCGGACUACUGCACGCCCGAGGUGAGCGAGAUGAUCUCGGGAGACUGGCUCGAGUCCAGCAUCUCCAACCUGGUCUUCACCUACUGACGGGCGCGCGCGCGGGCUGGGAGGAGAGGGCCGGGGGGGCAAGAGAGGGGGGUAAAAAAAAGAAGAAGA